UGAACAACUCUCGAGUUGGAAAUGACUCCUAACGCACGGCUACGGAAGAGAGGAUCCGGACUGAUAUUGUGGCACAAAGUUAGCAAAGUUUUUUUGUUGUUGUUUUUUAAAACUCAACUGAUACAAAAAACAGUGGAGUAAUAUUGGACAUUUCAAUUAAGAAUAUAUUUUCGACAGGGUUGCGGGAAUAAAGUGUCCUUCCCUCCUGGAAUCCCAGCAUCUGCCGAGUCGUCAUCAGUAGUGAGUUAGGGUGUCAUGGCCGCUGGGUCCCGGACAUGCAGAAAUCACACCUCAUAGUGCUUCCCCCAGCCAACCACUUGCAAACACACACACGGAGGAGCAGGAGAAGGAGCAAGGGUGAUAAUGAUAACCACAUCCUAUAUGAACGGUCACAUGACUGAGUCAGACGGAAGAGGAGGAGUUGAGACCAACCAGGAGGAGCCCCAGCAGUGGCACAGGGAGAUGGCGGUGGACUGCCCGGGGGACCUGGGUGCCCGUACCCUGCCUGUGAGGCGCUCUGCCCAGCUGGAGAGGAUCCGUCAGCACCAGGAAGACCGGAGGAGGAAGGAGGAAGAGGGCAGGAACAGACAGGAGCUGGAUCUGACCGCCUCCAUACGGCUCAAGAAGCUGUCUCAGAACCCCAAGGUGGGCAUCGAUAACCCCACCUUCGACCCCAUCGAGGGCCCUGGAGGGCCACUGGGACUGCCACCCAACCUGGGGGCCCCCACUCUACUGGAGUUGGAGGAGCUGCUGAUGUCCCUGAAGCAGGUGCAGCACUGCCUGUCUGACGGCCAGAGCCAGGAGGACGUGGAGCUGGUGCUGCAGCUGGUCCAGAAGACUGACUUCCAGAAGGCCUUCAACAUCCACAACGCUGUGGCCCAGCACAUGAACAGGCCCAGCCCGCCCUUCCCACACACAGACCGCGCUCAGGGCCUGGCACACGAGGUCCAGUCUAUGGUUCAGAACAGCCAACACAAGGAGGGUUUGGAGCUCAACACCCUGCUCUCCUCACCACAUGUCCAGGCGGUGCUUCUGGCCCAUGACUGUGUUGCGGAGCAGGAGAGUGCAGCUGGAGGGCCCCUACCGGGUGAGACUGGGACAUGGACAGUAAAAAGCCGCAUCAGAGAAGGGGGUACGGCAAAACCCCGCCCUCAGAGACUGGAGUACGGAGUGGAGAUCAGAGGGAAACCCUUUGCCCAUCAGAGACUGGGAUCCUUAUCCCCAGACAGAAAAACCCCGCCCAUCAGAGACUGGGGAGUACAGACCAAAACCCCGCCCAUCAGAGACUGGGGAGUACAGACCAAAACCCCGCCCAUCAGAGACUGGGGAGUACAGACCAAAACCCCGCCCAUCAGAGACUGGGGAGUACAGACCAAAACCCCGCCCAUCAGAGACUGGGGAGUACAGACCAAAACCCCGCCCAUCAGAGACUGGGGAGUACAGACCAAAACCCCGCCCAUCAGAGACUGGGGAGUCCAUGUGAAGGCUCACUUUGACUACGACCCGUCUGAUGACCCCUACGUGCCGUGUAGGGAACUGGGCCUGUGCUUCCAGAAGGGAGACAUCCUCCACAUCAUUAGCCAGGACGACCCCAACUGGUGGCAGGCCUACAGGGACGGAGACGAGGACAACCAGCCCCUGGCUGGGCUAGUACCAGGCAAGAGCUUCCAGCAGCAGAGGGAGGCCAUGAAACAGACCAUAGAAGAGGAUAAAGAGCCAGAGAAGUCAGGAAAGCUGUGGUGUGCUAAGAAGAACAAGAAGAAGAGGAAGAAGCUCCUUUACAACGUCAAGCAGAAUGAUGACAACGACAGUGAGGAGAUCCUGACCUAUGAAGAGAUGGCGCUCUACCACCAGCCAGCCAAUCGAAAGCGACCCAUCGCCCUGAUUGGUCCUCCCAACUGUGGGCAGAACGACUUGAGACAGAGACUGCUGUCCAGCCAGCCAGACAGAUUUGGGGGAGCGGUCCCACACACGACGCGGAACAGGCGUGAUGUAGAGGUGAGUGGGAGAGACUACCACUUUGUCUCCCGCCAGGCCUUUGACGUGGACGCCACUGCAGGGAAGUUCAUUGAGUCUGGAGAGUUUGAGAAGAACCUGUACGGAACCAGCACUGACUCUGUCCGCCAACUCAUCAACAUGGGCAAGAUCUGCCUGCUCUGUCUGCACACACAGUCGUUGAAGACUCUGCGUAGCUCGGAUCUGAAGCCUUACAUUAUCUUCAUCGCUCCUCCCUCCCAAGAACGGUUGCGAGCCCUCCUGACCAAAGAGAGCAAGAACCCAAAGCCAGAGGAGCUGCGUGACAUCAUCGAGAAGGCCCGUGAGAUGGAACAGAACUUUGGCCACCUGUUUGAUGCAGCCAUUGUGAACACAGACCAGGACAAGGCCUAUCAGGAGCUGCUGAGGCUGAUCAACAAACUGGACACAGAGCCACAAUGGGUCCCCUCCUCCUGGCUACGCUAAGGGCCGGGGCAGUAUAACACACCCACAAUGCUAACCUGACUAGAGCCCUGUAAAAUCUGCAAUGCACAGAACGGAAUCACAGAAUCAAUAUAUUGAAACGUAAUUCAACAAUAUGCUAACAUUUAUUGAACUUUGUAGGCGAUCAACUAAAUGUAUUAAUUUUCCCAAGUUUAUCAUAAGACAUGAACAGAAUGCAUCAGUGAUUCUUAUUUCAUGCAAGUUUCUGAAUAAGCAAAGAUAAUUCCUCGUCUGUAUGCGUAAUGCGUGCGUUUAUCACUUUGUGUAGCCGUUAGCAAUGAUGCUAAUGAAAAGUCUUCUGGUAGAUGGAAAGGCUUUCACAAAAACCUUCAUUUAAAUGUUAACUACAAAGUAGCCUAUGCUGACCUGGCAGAAUGAUAUUAUUUGCAUCAAUCCAGUGGGUAUUUGUUUUGCAAACUCUGUCAUUGCAUGCGAGCUACAAAAACACUGCUAAACAACAGCCUCUUGCUAGCACUGGAAUUAAAGGGUAACUACACCCGAAAAUGAACAUUUAAAAAAAAUGUUCCUAGACAUCAAAAGUGGUCUCCAGAUGUGGUUUGAGCAUUGUUGUGGACUUAGAACAUCCAAUUUAGUUGUUUUCUAUUUAAAAAAGUGUGAUUUUGAGAGUGAAAACCUGAAAAAACAAGGGGAAAUGGAAAUCUGGAAAAACUAAAAGAAGAAAACGGUAUUGGGGGAAAACUAAACGGAAUCCUACAGAUUUUUUUUAUUAAAUGGUAAAAAAAUGUAUAGGGCCCUACCUAACACACACACACCGCUAAAGAUUUGCCUUGACUCAAUUCUCCAACCACAGUCUCUGUGUGAGACUGGAGGUAGAUCCUCAAUCACCACAAGCUGAAGAUGAAUGAAACAGUUACAGCUCUUAUCACUAUUAUGCUGAACUGAACUCUUCUAUUCACUUCUGAGACUGCCUGGGGAAAUUAAUUUGAGGUAUUAUUGCUCUGAUAAUUUGUCCUUUUUUUGUUUCUGUAUUUCUCUUCACUAAAUUAACUAUUCACAUUCCAGGUAGGAAGUAUGUGAAGACGUGGCACUUGUGGCAGAAAUAUAAUUAAUGCUUCUAUCCUGCUUUUGAUAAUUAUUUAUAAUUGUAAAUAUAUUGUAUUUUAAAUAAGUUUUCAAAGAUGAGAAGAAGAACCCAUAGCUUCUAUGUAUGACAUAUUAUUAUCCAGUCCGUGAAUGUCUCUCCUACAUUACACAGAGGUUGUUGUACCCAUGCUCUGUCCGUGUGUGAGGUCAGGUGUGUCUGUGUUCUCUAAUGUCGAACUGACAUCACUCAGCCAUAGUCGUGAGUGUUGGCAGUAAGGUGCCUCUGAUCUCUAACAUAGCAGAUGGGAAUGGGAUUAGGCUACUACAAGUAUCAUCGUGGAUGGGAUUUGUUCACCUAAUGAAACUAUCUGUGAGGUGAUCACACCCAGGUGUCGGAUUACAUUAUCUCAGCAUCUGGGCUCUCUUUCCACUGCAGCAGCCCUGGUUUCAAGUACAAUUUGAAUCAUUUCAAAUACUUUAGCUGUGCUUGAUUGAACAAUAGAAUAGUCCCACAAGUGCAAACCCUACCCCCAUCUGGCACUCCAGGUACAUGAAAGCAAAACCUGAAAGUAUUUGAAUUAUUUCAAAUGCUAUUUGAACCCAAGUCAGCACUACCCUACAGCACAGCACAAUGCUGGAGGUUUAUCUAACUGGUGUUUUGACAUAACAAUAAUUAGAUCUGAGAGGUGCUUAAGAGUCACUGCCUCAUUCUAAUCUACUUGCCUUAUACCCUUUUCAAACUAUCGUGCCAAUCAACACUACCGUGCUAGCUCUGAUAUUUUAUUUUCACAUUGUCAUCCAGCAUGGUCUUAAUCUAUGGUGGGUCAUAACCAGGCCAGUUCUGCUCAUUUUGGAUCGGCUCCAUACUAGAGGAUAAUAAACUAGCCCUAACACCACCUCUCACUUCUACCCAAGCGCUAUAGAGUGUAUUUAUUAAGUUUUGCAACAGAAACCAUUUACCGUUUUAAGAACCAAAUGGUACUAAAUGGGGAGGGACCUGCCUGAAUUUGUCCAAUAGACAUUUUGUCGUUCCAAAGCGUUUUCCGUUUGUAAUAAAUGGUUUCUGUUGCUAAAUGCUCUGCAACAGAUUAAACCUUUUACAACAGAAUCGGCGUAAAUAAUAUACCCCUGGUCAUAACUAAAUACAAAAAACUGUCCUGUCCAGAAUCCCAGGAUUUAAAGCAACAUUUAUGAUAAUGAAGAAAGAUUAUUAGAGGUGUUUAAAAGUUUUGACACUAAACCCUCCUGGGGUAGUUUUAGUUUUAUCUCAGUAUUCAUCAUGCAUAGUUCCUGUGCUACUCUGUAGGAGUGGAACCAUAGUGAAUGUAACCAGUACUAUUAUAUUCACAGAAAACUCUAAAGAGUAUCUGAGCACCGCUGUCUGUGGGAUUAUAUUAAAAGCAUUUUCUAAUUCACUGAGAUUCAUUAUGAACAAUCCAUCUAUGCUGUAUUUUUAAUCUGAUGGUUUUCACCACAGGCGAUAUUUUAAAUGUGUGACAUACAUCUGUGUUUUGUUUUCAGAGGUGUUACUGAAAUGGGUCUGUGAAAUGAACUUGAACGAACCGAUAAGCCUAAAUGCGGGGAAAAAUAGCCUACAAUUACAUAAAAACUGUGUGUGUGUGUGUGUGUGUGUGUGUGUGUGUGUGUGUGUGUGUGUGUGUGUGUGUGUGUGUGUGUGUGUGUGUGUGUGUGUGUGUGUGUGUGUGUGUGUGUGUGUGUGGAGGCAGGACUCACUGAAAUGUAAGUAUUAUCUCUAGUAGACACAAUGGGGAAACUGUCUUCACAAAGAUCUGUUUCACAUAUUAUAACACCAUUUUAAUUUGGGUUAUUAUUGAUGAUAUUGUGGUGUCUAGAUAUUUGACAUCGAUAUAUAUGUAAUGUUAAAAAUAGAUGUAUUAUGUACAGAGUAAUGCACUUGUAGAAUCAUCACUCUGCCACCCUUCCAUCCCUUCAUAUUGCUUCUGGAACCAGAACUGAGGUUCUGCUGGUACUGUCUCCAUAACCCCUUCAAUUCAAGCCUGAUCCCAGAUCUGUUUGUGUUCUACCCAACUCCUCUGACUAUUUCUGUCAUGUAUGCCAUAUUCAGAGGAGUUUGUAACAAUUGGCUUUAUUCAUUGUCUCAGAGUUGGAGAACAGAUCUAGGACCUUGUCAUCCCUGUCCAUAUAAUAUGAUUCAUUAUAAUCUCUUCAGUCUGUGCAGAACACACCUUGUGUAGAUGUUGAGCUGUUUAUUGGAAGUAGAGUUGUUGAAUGUAAGGUUACUAUAUUAUUAAAAAAACGUUUUUAUUCCUGUA